AUGUCCAACACACCCACACUCGGCGCCCAAACACACGCUCACAACCCGUUGCCUCAGAGGCCGCCCGGGCGCCCAGUUUUCGGCCGAAAGGCGCUGGCGCUGGCAGUCCGGCUCCGCCUGCUCGGCCCUGGCGCAGAGUGCCCCCCGGCCCUGCGCGCCGUCCUGACGUUCCCGGAGCCCUCCAUGGCCUCGUGGGGGCUUCGAGCCGGCAAGGGGUCUGGGGUGGCCCAGCACUGGUUCCCGCCACACUUCCCGGAGGGUGCGGAAGCUGGGCGGGCCAGGGAAGGCUGGGGCCAUUUUGGGCCAGGGCCACCUCUCCGGCAUCGCUCGGGUCGCGCACACCGUUUCAAAGCGACGGGCCGCUCCAGGGCCUCGCCGGCUAAUGUUCCGGUCUGCGGGAGUUCCGCAGUUCAGGAGCAGCGCGAGAAGCUGCUCAUGGAGGAUGACGAUUAA